CGCUCCCUGCUUCGCUCCUGCAGGUUGGGACUCGGCCGGCGCAGCGCGGACCGUCCUCGCUCUCUCCGUCUCUCCGCGGACACAAACGGGCCAGAACGGGCCGGAGCGGCGGUGCAGGACAGCAGCCGUCGGGCAGACGGGCUUCCCCGGGAUUGGGGCGCGAUGCGCGGCGUGUGGGGCCGUUUAUUCUGCAGCAGCCAGUCCGACCUGGAUCUCUGUGUUUCCUCCUCCCGGCUGUUUCUGCUUUAUUUACCCCCAACUCACCUCAAUCCCUCUGAAUAACCUCCCCCCUGCAUUCAUUCACCAGCUGGAGUACUUUUAAACUUGUCUGGAAGUUUUAUUUUAUUUUUUUUUGUUUUUUUUGGAGGGGAGGUUUAAAAAAAAAGAAAAAAAAAGAAAAAAAGUUUUCUCCUUGUGAGGUUGAGGAUUUUUCCGGAGCCUGUGGAAAAAUGGAUGCGGGUAUAGAGAAGGAAUGCAGCGCCUUGGGAGGGCUCUUCCAGAUCGUCAUGAACGACAUGAAGGCCAGCUAUCCUACGUGGGAGGACUUCGUCACCAAAGGAACCAAGCUCCAAUCACAGCUCAGGACGACCAUCGCGGUGACGGGGGCUUUCCUGGACGCCUUUCAGAAGGUGGCGGACAUGGCGACCGGGACCAGAGGGGCCACCAAGGAGAUCGGCUCAGCGCUGACAAGGAUGUGCAUGAGACACCGCAGCAUUGAAUCCAAGCUCAAGCUGUUCACUACCGCUCUCUCCGAGAGCCUCAUCAUGCCGCUGGAGUUGAAAAUGGAGGAGUGGAAGAAAGUGGCCAGUCAGCUGGACAAAGACCACGCCAAAGAGUACAAGAAGGCCCGAGCGGACAUCAAGAAGAAAUCCUCCGACACGGUGAAGCUGCAGAAGAAGGUGAAGAAAGGGAAGGACGAGGCGCGCUGCCAGCUGGACUCGGCCCUGCAGGACGUGAACGUCCGCUACGCCGUCCUGGAGGAGACGGAGAAGAGAGCCGUGUGCAGAGCUCUGGUGGAGGAACGAGGACGAUACUGCAGCUUCGUCAGCAUGCUGAGACCCGUGCUGGACCAUGAGAUCAACAUGUUGGGGGAAGUGACUCACCUGCAGACGAUCCUGGCAGACCUGAGCAACCUGACGGCUGAACCGAACAAGCUGCCGCCGGCCAGCGAGCAGGUGAUCCUGGACCUGAAGGGUUCGGACUUCAACUACACCUACCAGACGCCCCCGGCCUCGCCCUGCAACACGCUGUCCAGGAAGAGCAGCAUCAGCAGCAACUAUCAGUCCGGAUCAGUGAGACACGUCCCCUCGUUGGACUCCAUCAGCUGCGCUGUGGACGGAGUCCACAUCCAGGACGGUGUCGGUGGUGGGCAGCUCGCUGCCGGGAUGAGCAGCACGACGGAGAACGGGCUGCUGGCCCCCCCACACAACUCCUACGGCCCCCACGGGGAGCGGGCCCGGGCCAUGUCGGCCUCCGGGAAGUCCUGCUCGGCCCGGGACCAGCUGGCCCUGACGCUGGGCGUGUCGAACUCGAGGAGCAGCAGGGACUCUCUUCACUGCUCCAGCGGCUACAGCACCCAGACCACCACCCCGUCCUGCUCCGAGGACACGAUCCACUCACACACUGUAAGGAGAGAUCCUCCCCCCUACGUCGACUACGAAUCCAUCUCCCUCCACGGCGACGCUGACUCCAUCUCCUUCCACCAGCUGUCUCACGGCAGCAGCCAGUCGGACUUCGACAAGUCCUCCACCCUCCCCCGGAACUCGGACCUCCGGUUCCAGUUCCGGGAGUUGGUCCAGUCCCGGCGCCCGGCGUCCACCGUGAGCCUGCUGGCCGAGGCCGAGCUGGCCGCCGGCCACAUGCCGCCGCCAUCGCACACGGCCACCAUCCGCCGCAAGCCGUCGUCCAAGCCGGCGUACCGGCGGGGCACCAUCAGCGGGGGGGUCCCCAUCCCCAUCUGCACCCCGCAGGUCCCGCUCAAGGCCCAGCGGGGCGGCGCCGGCGGCAGCGACGAGAACGUUUCCCCCGUCGGAGGGGUUGGGGGGCUGGGCCACAGCAAACUCUGCACCUCCACCCAGAGCCUCAGCGCUCUGUCCGCCUACUCGUCUCCGUACUACCAGCUGGUGCCGGGGCAGAUGCCCAUCCCCGUGCCGGUUCCCACCGUUCCCUCGCUGCCGCCGGAGGGGGGCAGCGUCAAGCAGCAGCAGCAGAGACAAUCCCUGCAGCAGCAGCAGCAGCAGCAGCAGAUGCAAAUGCAAAUGCAUCAACAUCAGCAGAUGCAGAUGCAGCAGCAUCACCAGCUGCAGAAACAUCCCAUGCAUCAACAUCAGCAGCAGCAGAUCAUGAAACAUCUGAACCACCAGCAGCAGCUGCAGCAGCAGCAGAACCAGCAACCCCCGCUGCCGCAGCAGCAUCUGCAGGAUCUGUUUCAGCCUCCGGACGAGGAUCCGCAGCAUCUGAGCCAGCUGGAGAAGAGGAGGCUGCUUCAGCAGCAGCAGCAGCACCAGGGCCAGUACCAGGCCCAGUACCAGGGCCAGUACCAGGUCCCCCCCCAGGGAGAGCCCUCCGGCCUCCAGGCCCCGCCCCCCUCGGGGCCGGACCAGAGCCCCGAGCGGGAGAGCCAGGACGGGGCGGGAGGAGGAGGAGGAGACAUGCUGAGACUCAUCCGGAGGGUUCAGCUCCGGAGGACUAUCACCGACGACCGCUCCGCCCCCGCGCUGCCGCCCCCGGCCAAUCACAAGUGAGGCCGGGGAAUCCUUAACGAGCUUCAGGUACGAGGGCGUCGGCGCCGGACCAAAACGGACUUCACAAACUUUGAUCGCUGGAACUAAAUUUUUACUUUCCUCAGAUUCUGCUUCCUCUCAGGCCGUCGAGCUUUUACCUUUUUGUUCACGUUUGAAUUAUGAUUAAUGUUUUUUUGCAUGACUGUUUCCGGCGGACCCGCGCGGCCGCUGAUCGUUUUUAGUUUUUACUUCCUGGUACCGGGUCGGAUGGGCGUGUUUACCCAGACCCGGAGGCCGGUACUGCUUCUUAGAUCCUCGUUUGAUUUGAUUUCUCUGUCCCCGGCCCGAUCCGGCGGGGCGGGGCUUGUUAUUGAUAAUCCCGGUAACUGCACGGCUCUGCGUGGUUGAACCACGUCGGGUGUUUUUUAUUUGGGCUGGCUGAGGCUUCGGCCUCAGGAAAGUCUUAAGCUGGAACCGGGUCAUCUCAAGACCGGGAACUCUGGAACCCAACGCUGACUUGAACAAGAAGAUUUGUAAAUGUUAUAAACUAAAGCGAGCUUUGGAGCUUUAGCUCCGCGUUCCUCUGACGGGUCACGGGUCGACCGGUGCCUUUACAGGGAAGCAGGAGAAACUUUAAUUUGAGACGACGCCGGUCAGAUUCCUGACGGACGAGGCGGCGGAGAAGCUUAGACGAACGACUCGGAGGCAGAUUCAGCGUUUGCAGAGGCGGCUUCAGCGGCGCCGGACGACUUUAUUUAUUUAGAUGCUUUUCUACGUCAGGUGGGGAAGUUUUCACGUCAGAUGGAUUCACCGUCGGCCUCUGAGCAAGGCAGUUAUUUAAUCCUCUGCAGCACAAAAACAAACGUGUAAAUGGUCAGAAAGACGUAAUAAUCAGAAUCACUUAAACAUUUAAUCCGCCACAUAUUCUGGGAUAGUGUUUGAUUUUUACAGUUCGUUUUAUAAAGGAUUUUGAUAAACUGCAGACAAGAUUUAUCUGAUAGAAGUGGCGGUCCGGUUUAGAUCCAGCCACCCGGGUUCUGGUUCUGGUUCCUAAUCCUGGAUCUGUUUUCAUUGAUGAGAGGAAAAGUUGAGUUUAAGUUUCCACUUUUACACAUUUUGACUCUUUUUGAACACGUUUGCUGCAUUUUUCUGGUCCAGAAUCCUGUUUUUUUUUAGUCCUGUUUGAUGCUUCCGGCCAAUCAGAAGCCGCCGUUUAACGGCUGGCAGGAUGUGAUUUUAGAUUAAAGUUAGUGGAGUCUCGUUGGGCCAAAAUAGCUGGUCCUGUUUUGGAUCCAAACGGGUUGAGACCGGUUCAGUUUUCAGCCUCGAGCCUGAUAUUUAUUUUAAUCGCUAAAACUAGGGCUUUGCAAUCAUUUUAGAUGUUUUUUCAGAGCAGCCUUUUCGUCUCUUUUUGUGCUAAUUGAUCAUCAGAACGGGAGGUUUGUUCUCCUCCCGCGUCAGAACCAGAACCAGAGGAAGGUUAACUGCCGCUGCCUCUGCGCCGCUCUCGCCCGUAAACGUGAAACUGCUCUCCAGGAGUCGCUCUCCGUUCUCAGCUGCACACACGUCCAGUUCGCUGUCCCAUUCUGGCAAAGCAUGCUGGGAGAUGGUUCCUCUGCAGCCGGUCGAAGCUUCAUUACCUGGUUGAAGAUUUUCUUUUUGGUACGUUAGAGCUUUUCUGAUCAUGCGAUCGAUCGAUCGAUCGGACCCAAUGUCUGUAUAUAUUAGUGCUUCUUUUCCUGGGAGAUAAUUAAAUCUUUAUAUUAAAAUGUACGUACACAUA